UCCUGUAUCUAUAUCUAUAUAUCUAUAUCUAUAUCUAUAUAUAAUCUUCACAUCACAAUCUACACAAACCAUCAUCUCAAAAAAUACAAGAUGCCUUCUUCCGUUCAAGUUCACAGAAUCCACCCAACAACCACCACCACAACCACCACCACCACCGUCAACAACCACAAACAACCAUCAACAACAACCAUAUGGAGGGUCCCAUCAUCUAUUAACAUCCCAGAAGAUCUUAACCACCACCACACCCAUGCAGUUGGGCCCCACCAGUGCUCCUCCGCCGUCGUACAAACCAUCGCCGCCCCCAUCGCCGCCGUGUGGUCCGUUGUCAGACGGUUCGACAAGCCGCAGGUUUACAAACACUUUCUUAAAAGCUGUCACGUGAUUCUUGGUGACGGUGAUGUGGGUACUCUGAGAGAAGUCCACGUGGUGUCAGGACUGCCAGCUGGAUCCAGCACAGAGCGGUUAGAGAUUCUGGAUGAUGAUCGACAUGUCAUGAGUUUUAGUGUUGUCGGUGGUGACCAUCGGCUUAAUAAUUACCGGUCUGUUACGACUCUUCACGCGUCACCGACAUGUGACGGUAGCACUGUUGUUGUGGAGUCUUAUGUUGUUGAUGUGCCGCCGGAGAAUACUAAGGAGGAAACGUGUGUGUUCGUGGAUACUAUUGUACGAUGUAACCUGAUUUCGUUGAAGCAAAUCGCUGAAAGUAAAUAAUUUCGAGUUGAAGUGAUCGAGUUUGUGAAUUAGUUAAUCUGUUGUGGAUGUUUUUGUUUCCUUUUUUUCAUGGGUUUGAUUUAAUCUGUGAUGUGGGUAGAGAUUAGAGAGCAAUUUCUCAGGGGUUUUUUUUUUUUAUUUUUUGUUUUUUGUUUUUUUGUAGAUGUGAUUUUGAGUAGUGUUUUUUCAUGGAUUCAUGUUACACUUUAGAAGAAAGGAUUUAGAGAUCUGCAUGGAAUUUUUGAGCAAAUUUUCAUUAUGUUA